CUAAAACCAUAACAUUUCCCUCCGUCCCUUAAAAAAUGUCUUAAAGGGGAGCCAGGGUAAGACUGCGGGGCUUUCCUUUUUUUUUCAAGGUGUACCCACCCCCCUCCUUUCACGUUGAGUUCUUUAAGCACGCUGCGAAAAAAUGCGGCAUGCAUUUUUUUUUUUUUUUUUUUGCAACAGCUGCAAGAAACAAUGAAGCUUUUCAAGAAACGGGGGUAAAUGCGCUUUCCAGUUGCAGUUUUUUUUUUUUUAAUUUUUAGAGAACCUCUCAGUUUUCCGCCCUACUUCCCCUCCCCAAGUAAAAAAAAAAGCAUUUAUAUAUUAUGUAUUUAUGUACAUUACACACAUAUAUCUUCCAUCUCUUUGAGAAAUGAAGCUAGGGGCAUUGUUUUUGGAAGCAAGUCGGAGGAGAGGGUGUGUGCGUGUAUCUGUAUUGGGGUGGGGGAAGGGGGUGGGGACGGAAGAGAAGGGGUGCGUGUGUAGUCAGCUUUUUGCAGACUACAGGCUCACGCUGCGGCUCCGUUCCGAACGUUCCCGGGAAUCCCAGACUCCUGCUUUUGGAGCGCGCCUGUCUGGGCUGGGGCCCGCCGCGCGCUGCUGCUGCUAGUGUGUGUGUAUGUGUGUAUGUGUGUGAGUGUGUGUGCGUGCGUGCCUCCGGGAGCGCGUGCGCGAGCCCCCAGUGUGUGGCAGCAGCAGCAGCGGCAAAGCGAAGCUGAGGCUCUUGUUUACCAGUAUUAACUCCGCUGAGCAAAAAAAAAAAAAAAAAAAAAAAAAAAAAAAAAAAAAAAAAAAAAAGCAAGCAGAGGAGCGCACCAGGCGAACUAGAGAGAGAGGGAGAGCAAAGCUGCAAGCGAAACUGCCCCCUUUGCAAUAGCAAUUUAGUAAAAUCCUUGCCAGACCCUCUUAUCCCGCUCGUUUCUCUACCCCCCCCCCCCCCACCUUUCUCCUUCCACACCCCUUUCCAGAGGAAUUACAAACCCUUGCAACACCUCUUCGGCUUUGACCUUCAGCAAACCGGAUCCCCCCACGUUCCGGAGAGAGGAAGUUUUUUCCCCUACUGCCUUUCUGUGUGUGUUUGAAAAUGGAGGUUGAAGAUGCAGACUGCCAGCCUCAAUGUGCUUCAUGUUUGCUACUUCUGUGUCCAUUGUAUCACUGCAGCCAGCGCUGAGGGGGGUUUGUUACCUUUUCUGUAGCAAACACUACAAAUACCUACAUAUCUAAAGCAUCAAAAUAGCGUUGUUUGGGGAGUGUGUGUCAGCUUCGACAGCCACAGCAUCGACAACACAUCGACCCACCACGAGGAAAGAAAUAAUUUUUUAAAAAUUACAAUUUUCGAAGGAUCUAUUUUCUCAUCUGGAAUAUUAUUUUUCUCCCUUGUUUCUGGAGGGGGUGUGGGGGCGGCAGUGUGAGUUUCGGACUCUCCCCUAACCCCCUUUUUUUUGGAGAAAGGGGAAUUUCGUCCUAAAUAAAAGGAAUGAAGUCUGGCGCCGGAAGAGGGUCCCCGACCUCACUUUGGGGGCUUCUGUUUCUCUUUUCUACACUUUGCCUUUGGCCAACAAAUGGAGAAAUUUGUGGGCCAAACAUUGACAUUCGUAAUGAAAUCCAGGAGUUGAAGCGACUAGAAAACUGCACAGUGAUUGAGGGCUACCUCCGAAUUCUACUGAUCUCUAAGGCAGAAGACUACAGGAACUUCCGAUUCCCAAAGCUCACAGUCAUCACUGACUACUUGCUGCUUUUUCGUGUGGCGGGCUUGGAGAGCCUUAGUGACCUCUUCCCUAACCUUACGGUCAUCCGAGGGAGAAACCUUUUUUAUAACUAUGCUCUGGUGAUCUUUGAGAUGACAAAUCUCAAAGAGAUCGGGCUAUAUAACCUUAGGAAUAUCACUCGGGGGGCCAUCAGGAUUGAGAAGAAUUCAGACCUCUGUUACCUCUCCACUGUGGACUGGUCUUUGAUUCUGGAUGCUGUAUCUAACAACUAUAUUGUGGGAAAUAAAUCUCCCAAGGAGUGUGGGGACCUUUGUCCAGGGACAAUGGAAGAGAAGCCAUUGUGUGAAAAGACAACCAUUAAUAAUGAGUACAACUACCGCUGCUGGACCACAAACCACUGUCAGAAAAUGUGUCCUAGCUCAUGUGGAAAACGAGCCUGCACAGACCAGAAUCAGUGCUGUCACCCGGAGUGCUUAGGAAGCUGUAGUGCACCAGACAACGACACAGCCUGUGUGGCUUGUCGCCAUUACUACUAUGGGGGCACUUGUGUGCCCACCUGUCCUCCCAACACUUACAAGUUUGAGGGUUGGCGUUGCGUUGACAAAGAUUUCUGUGCCAGUGUCCACAGCGCUGAAGCCAAUGAAUAUGAAAAGUUUGUGAUCCACAAUGAUGAGUGCAUGCAGGAGUGUCCCUCUGGGUUCAUACGGAAUGGGAGCCAAAGUAUGUACUGCAGUCCCUGUGAAGGUCCUUGCCCUAAAGUCUGUGAAGGAGAGAAGAAGACAAAGACAAUUGAUUCUGUAACUUCAGCACAAAUGCUGCAGGGAUGCACUGUCUUCAAAGGCAAUUUGCUUAUUAAUAUCCGGCGAGGCAAUAAUAUAGCCUCUGAGCUGGAGAACUUCAUGGGCCUUAUUGAAACUGUUACAGGAUAUGUGAAGAUUCGCCAUUCACAUGCCUUAGUCUCUCUGUCUUUCUUGAAAAACCUGCGAUAUAUUUUAGGAGAAGAGCAGCUAGAAGGGAAUUAUUCUUUCUACGUCCUUGAUAACCAGAAUUUACAGCAGCUCUGGGACUGGAAUCUCCAUAAUCUGACAAUCAAAGAAGGGAAAAUGUAUUUUGCUUUUAAUCCCAAAUUGUGUGUUUCUGAAAUUUAUCGAAUGGAGGAAGUGUCAGGAACUAAAGGUCGCCAGAGCAAAGGAGACAUAAACACUAGGAACAAUGGAGAAAGAGCCUCUUGUGAAAGUGAUGUUUUGCAUUUUAUUUCCAACACUACAAUGAAGAACCGGAUUAAGUUAACAUGGCAAAGAUAUCGUCCUCCUGAUUACAGGGAUCUUAUUAGCUUUACUGUUUACUUCAAAGAGGCACCAUUCAAGAAUGUCACUGAGUAUGACGGGCAAGAUGCAUGUGGCUCUAACAGUUGGAACAUGGUUGAUGUGGACCUUCCUCCAAAUAAGGAUGUCAAACCUGGAAUUUUACUGCAAGGACUGAAACCUUGGACUCAGUAUGCCAUCUACGUCAAAGCAGUUACUCUCACAAUGGUGGAGAAUGACCACAUUCGGGGAGCUAAAAGUCAAAUUGUGUAUAUUCGUACCAAAGCUGCAGUUCCUUCUAUUCCCUUGGAUGUUAUUUCAGCAUCUAACUCAUCCUCCCAGCUAAUUGUGAAGUGGAAUCCUCCUUCCCUCCCAAAUGGUAACUUGUCUUACUACAUUGUAAGAUGGCAGAGGCAGCCUCAAGAUAGUUAUCUCUACCGACACAAUUACUGCUCCAAAGACAAAGUUCCGAUUAGAAAGUAUGCUGAUGGCACCAUUGAUGUUGAAGAGGUUACUGAAAACCCCAAAACUGAAGUCUGUGGUGGGGAGAAAGGACCUUGCUGUGCUUGUCCUAAGACUGAGGCUGAGAAACAAGCAGAGAAAGAAGAAGCCGAAUACAGAAAAGUUUUUGAGAAUUUUCUGCACAACUCCAUCUUUGUACCCAGACCUGAAAGGAGGCGUAGAGAUGUCUUUCAAAUUGCAAAUUCUACGUUGCCCAGUCGGAACAGGAACACUACAAUGGCGGAUCACUUCACCAAUAUGUCAGACACAGAAGAAAUUGAAUCUGAAUAUCCAUUCUUUGAGAGUAGAGUGGAUAAUAAAGAAAGGACUUUAAUUUCUCAUCUUAGGCCUUUUACUUUGUAUCGAAUUGAUAUUCAUAGCUGCAACCAUGAAGCUGAUACUCUUGGCUGUAGUGCUUCGAACUUUGUCUUUGCCAGGACCAUGCCAGCAGAAGGAGCAGAUAAUAUUCCUGGGCCAGUGCAGUGGGAGCCAAGACCAGAUAAUACUGUCUACUUGAAGUGGUCAGAACCUGAAAAUCCCAAUGGAUUGAUAUUAAUGUAUGAAAUAAAGUAUGGUCAACAAGUAGAGGAUCAGCGGGAAUGUGUUUCCAGACAGGAAUACAGGAAAUUUGGAGGAGCCAGGCUUACACGGCUGAACCCUGGGAACUAUUCAGCCCGUGUCCAGGCCACCUCUCUUUCUGGGAAUGGAUCAUGGACUGACCCUGUAUUCUUUUAUGUCCCAGCCAAACCACCAGACUAUGAAAAUUUCCUUCACUUAAUGAUCGCUCUCCCCAUCGCAGGAUUAUUUAUACUUGGUGGAAUACUGAUAAUGUGGUAUGUCUACAAUAAAAAAAGAAACAGUGACAGAUUAGGGAAUGGAGUUCUAUAUGCAUCUGUCAAUCCAGAGUACUUCAGUGCUGCAGAUGUGUAUGUUCCAGAUGAGUGGGAGGUACCUCGAGAGAAGAUCACCAUGAGUCGAGAACUUGGGCAGGGUUCAUUUGGGAUGGUAUAUGAGGGAGUUGCAAAGGGUGUGGUGAAAGAUGAACCUGAAACCAGAGUGGCCAUCAAAACAGUCAAUGAAGCAGCAAGCAUGCGGGAAAGAAUUGAAUUUCUCAAUGAAGCUUCAGUAAUGAAAGAAUUCAAUUGUCAUCACGUGGUACGGUUGCUUGGAGUAGUGUCCCAGGGCCAGCCAACGUUAGUCAUCAUGGAAUUGAUGACACGAGGGGAUCUCAAAAGUUACCUCAGAUCUCUGAGGCCAGAAACAGAGAAUAAUCCAUGCCAGAUGCUUCCAACUUUAAAGAAGAUGAUUCAGAUGGCUGGAGAGAUUGCUGAUGGUAUGGCAUAUCUCAAUGCCAACAAGUUUGUCCACAGGGAUCUCGCUGCAAGGAAUUGCAUGGUUGCCGAAGAUUUCACCGUCAAAAUCGGAGAUUUUGGUAUGACAAGAGAUAUCUAUGAGACAGAUUACUACCGAAAAGGAGGUAAAGGAUUAUUACCUGUUCGUUGGAUGUCUCCAGAGUCACUUAAGGAUGGAGUCUUCACAACACAUUCUGAUGUUUGGUCCUUUGGUGUUGUCCUCUGGGAGAUUGCAACAUUAGCAGAGCAGCCCUAUCAGGGCAUGUCUAAUGAACAAGUUCUCCGGUUUGUUAUGGAGGGUGGCCUUCUAGAGAAACCAGACAACUGCCCCGAUAUGCUGUUUGAAUUGAUGCGUAUGUGCUGGCAGUACAAUCCCAAAAUGAGACCUUCUUUUCUGGAGAUCAUCGGCAGCAUCAAAGAUGAACUGGACCCUGGCUUCAAGGAGGUCUCCUUCUUCUACAGUGAAGAAAAUAAGCCCCCAGACACAGAAGAGCUGGACUUAGAGACUGAGAACAUGGAGAGUAUCCCCUUAGACCCUUCCUCCACUCUCCAGCCGGCUGACAAACUCUCAGGACACAAAGCCGAGAACGGGCCUGGUGUGGUGGUCCUCAGGGCCAGCUUUGACGAAAGGCAGCCUUAUGCGCACAUGAACGGAGGACGCAAGAAUGAAAGGGCCUUACCUUUGCCCCAGUCUUCGGCCUGCUGAUCCUUGGAUCCAGAAUCCCAUGCAAACAGUAACACAUGUACACUGGGGUGGGGGUGGGGGUGGGGGGGUGGAGGGGAAAAGAAAUUUAACAAUAUAUUCAAAAGCCUACUGUACCUCAGUGGAUCUUCAGAACUGCCAUCGCUGCACACAGGAGACCCCUAUCUUCAGUAAACAACACAUUGAUGAUUUUUUUCUUUUUUUUCAAUAUGCAAGCAGAUGUUUGUUUCAGUAAAGGAUUCCUCAAAUGAGGCGGGCCUUUAAAAAACUUUACUGGUAACAUUUAAUAGCAACAGAAAACUUGAGGUCUGAUUUUUCUCUCUCUCUUCCCCUGUCGUCUUUUUUUUUUUUUUUUUUUUUCAUACAUCUCUGUCCUCACACACAAUACACUCUCUCUCGGCUUCUUAAGGAGAAACAUAUCUGCGCGCAAAUCCAACCUUAAAGCACUUUUUUUUAUCAGAUCAAAGAAAUGGCUGGCUGAGUGGCCCCUAUUACCCCUUGCAAGCACCUGCCUAACACUAUAAAAUCAAGUGAGAGCCUGGAUUUUUAACCCUGCUCUUUAAACCUUUUUAAUAACUCAUGAAAUUUUAAAAGGGCCAUUAUUCAAGGUUGCUACCAUUUUCAAAGCUGCCAAAUUUUGCCAAAAACCCAAACUUUCCUUUUUCCUUAAAUUUUGUUGUUGUUGUCAUAGGCAUGGAAAAGAGCACAGUAAUCAAUUGCUCCACUUUUUUAAAAAGCACUAGUAAUCUUGUCCACCCAAUCAGACAACUGGUAUUCUUUUUACAUCUUAUUUUUAAAAGAAAUCAAGUUGUUUUUAUCUAGAUUAUUGUUAUUUUUGGGAACUGGACAAAAUAUUCCUUUCUCGUGAUGGAAAUGGGAAGGAACUGAAUUGAUUUCCCCCACUCUCUGGCCCCUGGGAAUUCUGGAGAAAACUGGCAGUGGUGAGAGCCAGAAGUACAUGCUUCAUACACAAAGUCAGCCGUAAGCCAAACUCCCCUCACCCCAUCCCUCCUCCCUCUUCAUCUCUCCUCACGUUUCCCCACACCCAGGACACCAACCGGAAGGGAUCUCCAGUGAUGCAGCCUGCCCCUUUUUACAGGUUUGCAAGGAACGAAAUUUAAAACAAAACAACACAAAAGAGAAGAAAAAAGCAGUAAAUGGAUUCAAGCAUAUUAAGCUUUGUUGACAUUUUCUCUGUUAUUAAGACUUCUUAAAGGGUCUCACAGUUCUCUGUUAGACCGUGGAUCAUUUGCAUACACAUCGUCUUUAAUGUCACUUUUAUAACUUUUUUACGGUUCAGAUACUCAUCUAUAUGUCUGUACAGAAAAAAAAGCUGCUAUUUUUUUUGUUCUUUAUCUUUGUGGAUUUAAUCUAUGAAAACCUUCAGGUCUACCCUACUUCCCUUUCCUCCUUCCAACAAAGUUCUUAUGCUUUGAACUAUAUAGUGUGCAACUUUCUUCUUCCUCUUCCCGUAAUUGAUACUUGUAUAACAUGAUUUGCCAUGAACUGUUUGAUGCCUUUUUAUAAAUACAUUUCCCUCCCCUUCUAUUA